UUUUUUUAAAUUAUUUAUAAUCUGAUUAAAAUACAGAUAUCUCAAAUAGCGCACAGUGCUAAGCGCUAUCUCAUAGAUUCAAUACCGGUGUGCAACCUUAGAUCCACACCAAUUUCAUCCGGAAGUAAACAAAAACGGGAAAUAACUCUAUAUAUCAAAACAAACUACAUGGCCGCUCGCUGAGCUUCCCUAGCAACUAAUUAAAGAACGGUCACCGAUAAAGUCAUACCGUCACAGGAUUGCCAAAUACUAGAAUUGUGCAAGUUAAGCGAAACUGCGCAGGGGAGCUUCUACUGAUUUAAACACACAGUACAGAAAUCAUGGCGUAUUACCAACAAGGAUACCAGCAGCAACCUUACGGUCAACAACAACAAUACGGGGGAUAUCAACAACAGGGUGGGUAUCAACAACAGGGCGGGUACCAGCCGUAUCAACAGCCUCAGUAUCAACAAUACCAACAGCCAAGCCAACAGUACGGAAGUUACGGUUCUUAUUUCCAGCAAAAUGUCUUUUCCGUUAACGCAUGGCAGGCUUUCCAAUUCAAUUCCCAAGACGAUCUAUGGCACCAGUUUAACAACGAAAUGAUGAAAAAUCCAGCAAAUGUGCAAUCACAAGCUAUCCAAGCAGAAGAUCUGUGCAAUAUCAUGAAUAACUGUCAGACAAUCAGAAACUACUUUGGAAUUAAUUGGAGUAGAGAAUUGUGCAGCGUAAUGAUCGCCAUGCUGGAUCGCUCCCAUGACGGGUUCAUGCAGUGGAAUGAGUUUAUGGAGCUCCAGCAGUGUCUCAUUUCUUGGCACAAAGUGUUCUCUCAGUACGACAGUGACAGGUCUGGAUAUGUGGAAGCUAACGAACUCGUCAACGUCAUCACCAAUCUGUAUGGUUACAGAAUAUCACCAAAGGCCACAGAAACUAUUCUGAAGCGAUAUUCAAGAGUUCUCCCCCGUGGACAUACCAACGCUUGUUUAUGCGCCUUCGAUGACUUUGUAACACUUAGCGUCAGACUAAGGGCAUACACAGAUGAUUUCAGGAAGCGGGAUGCUAUGGUCAAUGGCGGACGUGAAGCAGGAAGCUGCGCAUUUGGAUAUGAUGACUUCCUACAGUGCGUGAUGUGUAUCUAAGAGUGACAUAAAGAAACUGAAUGUUCAUUGUACUUAUGUAUCCCGCCCCAGGGAAAAACGUCAUCACUGUAUUGCGGAUUUACAUUGCAUGUGAAGUAAAUUGUCUGCGGACGUCUUCUAUAUUUGACUUACCAAAGUGACACACACACACACACACACACACACACACACACACACACACACACAUAUAUAUAUAUAUAUCAAGAUAUUGUUGGUGAUUUGAAGCGCUUUAUUUUGUGUGUGUUUAGGUUAAUAUGUGAUUUUUCCACUCCAUCUGUCUAUCAUGUGUUGUACAGAAUAAACUACAUAACGAUG